AUGUUUCUUACAUCACCGGAUCAAAUUAGAUUUUUACAAUUUCAAUGUCCUUAUCCUGAAAUACGAUUUUUCAGUGCUGUUUUAAUUAUUUACGUUUGUCAUUUAUGUAUGAAAGAUCCAUCGGUACAAUGUGAAGAUAUUCUACAACCGUUUAUAUUAUUAGUUAAUAAUCCUACUACCACCACUCCCGCUAAAACUCAUGCCACAUCAAGCGGUGGCGACAACACUGUUCAUGGUAAUCCUAGUGCAUUUACUCCAGAGUGUACACCAUCAACCAGUACUACCUCUCCAACUACUACUGCUACUGCUACCACCUCGCUAAAUAAUGUUGUGACUGCCAAUAAUACUUCAACGACAAUCACUACUACGUCUACUGCUACUACGACUACCGCGAGUAUUUUAUCUUAUUUACUCAAAUCUUCAUCGGAUCAAACAAACUCAUCAUCAUCAUCACCAAUAUUUGUAGAUCAUAAUUCCUCAACAGAUUCAUCAUCCUCAUCAGCACAAAUGUUGACUGCAAGAAUAUUUUCUGCUACAUGUUUUAUUAAUCGUUUAAUUAAUCUACCUCGUAAAUUGUAUCCACCUCAUUCAUCAAUACAAAAUGAUCGGACAAACAAUAGUAAUACUACUAAUAAUAGUAAUAGUAGUUUAUUACCGAGUCAAUUGAUUAAUCCAGGUGAAUGUUUAAUACAAUUCAUCAUACAUCAAUUACAUUUCUCGCCAAAUACAUUCUCAUCGCCGUCGCCAUCAUCGAAUAAAUCUUUUCAACAGCAACAUCAGUCGUAUUCAGCACAACGUCCAGGAAAUCCUUCAUCAUCGACACCGUCAGCAUCAUCAUCGUCUGCAUUGUAUCAUCAAUCUACUAGUUUUGCCAGUAACACUAGUAAUAGUAAUAAUAUCAAUAAUAAUUCAUAUUCUCUGUCAUCAACGGCAUCAACUAUUUGUCCACCGCCAUCCUCUGUGAUUUGGGCACAAUAUUUUGCUAUUCUAUUAGAUUUUGCUAAUUAUGGUCAAGAAGAAUGUUGUUAUUUGUUGAAAUUACAUGUUCCGGAAAUUUUAAUCAAUUAUAUGCUAUCAUAUGAAGUAAUGCUAACAACUGUUAGUGGUGGUUGUGGUACUUCAGCGACGACAACAUCAUUGCCAAAUACUCUUUCCACUUUACUUACCACUACUCCUAUUACUACUACUCCUGCUACUACUACUACUGGCCGAAAUCAUGAAUCACACAAUUAUCAUUCUAUACAAACUAUUGUUAAACAGUUAUAUAAUGAAUUAUCAAUGGAAAUUCAAUUAGCUAAUUGUACAAAUUUAUCUGUUUCAUCAAGUUUAAAUGCAUUCAUCUAUGCACUGUUCACUGCAUCGCCAUCAUCCUCAUCAUCGUCAUCAUCGAUUACGGCCGCUGGUGUAUCAAAUGUACACUUUGAUUUUCAGCAUAAAUAUGAUGAUUGCAACGAUACGGUCAUCAAUAAUGAACAGAAUCAUCAUCAACAUCAUCAUGAGAAUACUGCUACUACUCCUACUCCUACCAGUACAACUAUUAUGUAUUGUGGUUUGAAAUGCUUACUCGAUUUGCUAUCCUAUUUAAUUAGAUCAUGUGAAAUUCCAUCGCAAUAUCUUCAUUUCUCAUCCAUAUCGACAUCGACACCGUCCUCGUCAUCGUCGUCAUCGACAUCCACUUGUCUUUCAUUAGCAUCCUCAUCCUCAUCGUCAUCGUCAUCGUUCACUUCAGUGAUUUCGUCGACUACUGCUACCCCUACUCCUACUACUACUACUACUGCUACUGCUACUAGUACAUGUCAAUUCAAUGCAACAAUCAAACAUUCUAAAUCAAAUGAAACUUUUCCAAUUGCUAGUGAUCAUCAUAAACCAGUGAAUCAAUUAAUCAAUCCUUAUUGUGCCACCACAGCUAAACCAUUGAUUACACUGUCCAAUACUUUAGCUCAAUUAUUUUUAUCUGAUCAUCAAACAGAACGUAUUCUUAUUGUUAUGAAACGAUUAACUGGUUCAUUGUUGAAUUCAAUUACAUUGAAGCCAAUUUCAGAUAUAUUUUUGUUCUUUUCAUAUGAAAAUUUGAAAUUUUCUGAUCUUAUCCUCAGGGAAUUAAUUUAUUGCAUUCUGCAUCCUUGUGAUUUAGAUAGUGUAUUAAAAUUGUUAGAAUGUCUACUACAAAUAACUGAUUCAUUGAAAUCAAUACGUAUAUGUCUUUUGUUUAAAUAUUCCAAUGAUGCUAAUUUAUUUAAAUUAUUAAAUUCCAAUUUUAUUUAUGAAUCAAAUAUGGCAGCAUAUCAUGUAUUCAACUUAUACAUUAAUUUAUUGCUAACUGAUACAACAAUUGUAAUGAAUUAUUUAUCAAAUGAAAUUUAUUUAAUGAAAUUAUUCAAUGAAGUUACUUUAUCAGCAUUGGCUAGUUUAAAAUUACACACAUCCAAUCAUAAUUGGCCUGAUGGUGCUAAAGACAAAACAAUGGAAACAUUGCAGCAAGCUGAAAGAAUUCUAAUGAAUUUGAUGCCUUCAAUUAUGUCGCCUGUAAACAACAAUUUAACUGAUGUCAUCGAUAACAACAACACUGUACAACAUGACGAAAGUAAUGACGUUGUUGAUGACGAUGAUAUUGCUGACAUGGAUAUGAGCCGGUUUAUCAUCGGUAACAGCGCAAAACCAGUGGAUAAUCGAUGUUUGAUUCGAAGAAGGACUGGCGGAAACAAUCGCGAUGGUGAGGAUGACGAGGAUGAUGUCGAUGUUGAUGAUGUUGAAGAUGAACCGAACGACGACAACGAUAACUAUUGUGCCGACGAUGACAGUGAUGACGAUGAUGAUAAUAAUAAUAACGCUGAUGAUGAUGAAGAAGAAGAAGAAAGUGAAGACGCGAUCGAUGAUGGUGGAAAUGAUGAUCUGAUAAAAUCCCUCUAUUGUAUCACUGCUCCAACAUCACUGACAACAUCAGAUGAUGCGGAAUUGGAUCAUUUACGUUAUUUAACUAAUGACUAUAUGAUAAUUAGCCGUGAUAACACAGCACAGUCUAGUAGUAGUAGUAGUAGUACUAUGCAUCCAAUAGUAGACGUCGGUACCAGUCAUAAUCAUCACCCGUGUAUCACCGCAGGUCCACCGGCUACUAAUACAUAUACUACUAUUACUACUGCAAGUAGUAGUAAUAAUAAUCAUAACAAUAAUAAUAAUAAUCAUGAUAAUAGUGGUUAUAUUAUUAAUAAUAUUCAACAAAUCUAUGGACAUUUAUUAUCCUAUGGUGGUUCAUUGAUUGGCGAUCAAACACUGACGGAACAUCAUCAUCAUCACCACCACCAUCAACAACAACAAAAUGAAUCAGUCGAAAUGGAGGAGGAAGAAGAAGGUGGUGGUGACGCCGCCACCAGCAGAAACUGA